GCGCAAAUUAAUGGUUUCCGCCAUUUUAGAUUUGGGUUUUUUUGAAAAAACUCAAUGUUGAUAAAAUAUUUUAAAAUUUAGUUUAUUAAAUUCUUUCAACUAAUUAGACCCAAGUUUCAGUCAUUUUAAUCAUGUCAUCAUCUAAUAGUUACAAAUGGAAAAAGAAAGAUCGUAAAAGAAGCCGCAAACCUUAUGAUAGACCUUACAAUGAGCAACCAUGGUAUUUGAAAUACAAAUUUGAGAGUUACCUGCCCAAUUGGGUUGUGAAUGUCAAGAAUUAUUUUCUCACUAAUGUGGCAAAUGAGAACGACGAAGUUAAUAUUAAUGAAGAGAAUGGUAGAUUUGAAGAAACUUUAUUGGACUCGAGACCGGCUACCGCACCGGGUGCAGGAGAUAACGAGGAAAACGAAGAGGUAGAGGAGGAAGAAGAGGAAGAAGAGGAGGAAGAAGAAGAAGACGCUGAAGACGCAGAAGACGGUGAAGAAGAGGAAGAAGAAGAUAAAUUGGAUGUUCCCGACACCGAAGAAGAAGAAGUUGUCGCCGAGGAACCUCUGGUACUUCCUGUCAAAGAAAAGAGUAAAUAUGACUUCAAAGAUACACUCAAUAAAAUUGAAAAAUCGAAUAAUUUAGGCAAAUCCGAGUUGCCUUUAAGCAGUAAGGUUUCAACUUCCACUGCUCCAAGAUUUUCUGGUAAAAGAAAACUUGAACUUGGCCCCAUUACAACUCCAACACCAUCAACAUCACGUGGUAUUGCUAACGAGGUCAGAGACGAAGAAGGAUCUUCGUCCAGUGAGAAUACAGCUUCAUCCACCAGUGGCUGUUCAUCUUUAGUUCCAUCUAAUAAUUAUUUACAGAAGCUGUCUCAUCCUUUGGACAAGGACAGGACUGAGCGGCUAAGAAAGGAGCUUAUGAAAAAUACGAGGGACGUUGGUGUUGAAACAGACAACAAGCCAUCGUUAAGUAAUAGAGACGAGAAUAGAUCUCUUUUAUGGUCUAACUCUCCUAACUCUCGAUUUAAUGUUUCCAAAUUUACCUCACCUACAAGUGUUUUGUCCCGUGGUAUCAAUUCGCCUUAUUAUGAGGGUAAGACCACGUUUGGUGGCACAUCAGCCAAGCGAGCUCGGCUAGCCACCUCUUUCAACAAAUUAAUUAGUCCAACUAGUAAUAAUAGUAAUACCAGUCUUAAGAUCCAACUCAACCGAAGCAGUGAUAAUGGUAAAAAAUUGAAUUCUGAGGACCUUCUUAGUGAUGCUGCUAAGCGGAUAUUAGCUAAUAUUGAAAAAAUUUCAUCACCUUUAGAAGACGCUAAGAAAAUUCCUGUUUAUGGAACUAUUGAUACUAAUAGAUACCUUAGUGAAUCUAGGAGAUCAUCUAUUAGAACACCUUAUUCUAGGCCUGGUAAAUCAUCUGUUCCUUAUCCUUCUAUGAAUCCUCUUAUUCCAAUUGAUAAACCUCAACUUAAAUGGGCAUCAUCACCUGUUGAAAUUGAUACUGUUGAUAAAGCUGACACGAGCACAGCAUCCCAGCGUGAGGUUGGAGCAUCACUUGGUUUCUCCUCUGGUGAUAGAAAUAAUGGAGGUGGCGGUGGUGGAAAGAUUAGAGCAAGAAUACGGAAGAAUUCUGGAGACUCUCAAAAGCUAUUUGAAAAGAUUCAGUCCCCUGAACUUCCAAAUGUCCCAUUGAAUAUAACUAAACUGCCCUCUUUCAGCUUUGCGAAAUCCUCUGUUGAAUCUACACCAGUUGCCUCAUCUACUCUGGUUGCCCUUAAAAAAGCAGAGGAUCCAUCCAGCCAUCAAGGUGACAAUACUAAAAACAUCAAAGAAGCUGAGAAUGCCGAUACAAGAGUCAAACCUACUACAACUAUAGAAAUUGUCGAAAAUGAAAGUGAGAAAGAAAACAAGGUUCAUAAAUCUGACUUCUCAGCUACUGUGCCUCUUAAGGAACAACCUGUUAGCACAGAUUUAUCAAGUAAAACUGCUAUUCCUACAGCUACCAAAACAGAUUUUCGUGAAUUAUCUAACAAGGUCAUUCUGGAUAAAAUGGUUGUGCCAAAAUCUGAUCCUAUUAAAGAGAAUACCAGUGGCUCCCAGAUAACUGUCUCAAGGAGUAAAAUUUCAGCUGAUGCUGCUUUGGCUGCAGUUGAGAGUAAUUAUGAUAAUCAAGGAAUUAAUUUCGGAGACGUUACCAAAAGUGACUCUAGUAAAAAAUCAGACCAAUCAAGUAAACCUAUAGAAAAGGAAAGUUCAGAAGUUAAAGAAGUUCCUGACAAGGUUCUCAAAUCUGACUCAACUGUGCCUACCAAGGAAAAACCUGUUAGCACAGAUACAUCGAUUAAAUUAGCUGCUUCAUCAGCUGUUAAAACAGAUUCAAGUGAACUAAGUAAACCUCUAGAAAAAGAAAAGACCGAAAUUAAAGAUGUUUCAGACAAAACUGACAAGCCUGUAGAUAAAAAUGUGGCUAAAGCUAAUGAACCAUUGUUUAGUAAAUUUAAACCUCCACCAGGAUCAUGGAUGUGUGAAGAAUGCUUUGUGCAGAACAAACCAGCUGACCUCAAGUGUAUCGCAUGCGAAACUGUUAAAAAAGGAGCUAAGCCUGUAUCUACAUCAACACCAGUUGCGGUCAAACCAUUCUCAUUUCCAGCACCAACUAGCUCUACAGUAUCAGCUGAUGAUGGGUUCAAAGGCUUCGCCAGCACAACUAAAUCAACAGAGCAAAGCUCAUCUUUCAGCUUUAAUAAACCUAUUGCCUUCGGGUUCAGCAGCUCUGAAACUUCUAAGACUAUAACUCUUACUAGUAAUUUCUCUUCAACAUCAACUACAUCUACCCCAACAACCGCUAGCUCACCAACAAGCUCUUUUGCUUUUGGAAAGUCAACAGCUUCAGAAAACAAUUUAAAAAUGUCUACUGGUUCUUUAGGCGAGUCUUCACAAACAAAAAUAUCGUCAUCAGGGUUUUCAUUUGAUCUAGCAAAACCAGUUAUUAGUACAACUGCUUCAGCUUCGACUGUUACAACAGCUUCAACAGCUCCAACAUUCACUUUUGGAAGCACCUCAUCAGCAGGAACAACAUCAAAUUCGGGAUUUACUUUUGGACAAGCACCUAAAACUACCCAAAGCUCCAGUUCUUCUGGUUUUGUUUUCGGUUCUACCUCUUCAAAUGCGCCAUCAUCUCUUGCCUCACCCGGAAUUCAAUCAAAUGCUUUCGGUCAGAGUUCUACAUUCUCUUUUGGCGCUUCACCAUCAACAUCUCAAGCUAAACAACCGGCAUCGACGAGCUCAAGCAAUUUGUCUAUUGCAUCUACCACAUCUACCCCUACAACCGCUAGCAGCGCUUUUGUAUUUGGGAAGUCAACAGCAUCAGAUAACAGUUUAAAGAUGUCUACUGGCUCUCUAGGUGAAUCUUCCCAACCAAAAAUAUCAUCAUCAGGGUUUUCAUUUGACUUAGCAAAACCAAUUAGCACAACUGCUUCAGCUUCGGCUGUUACAACAGCUUCAACAGCUCCAGCAUUCACUUUCGGAAGCAGUUCAUCAGCAGGAACAACAUCGACCUCAGGAUUUACUUUUGGACAAGCACCUAAAACUACCCAAAGCUCCAGUUCUUCUGGUUAUGUUUUCGGUUCUACGUCUUCAAAUGCGCCAUCAUCUCUUCAAUCAAAUGCUUUCGGUUCAAGCUCUUCAUUCGCUUUUGGCGCUUCACCAUCAACAUCGCAAGCUAAACAACCGGCAUCAUCGACAAGCUCAAACAGUUUGUCUAUUGCGUCUACUACAGCAGCUUCUACUACUGCUAGCAGCACCUUUGUAUUUGGAAAACCUACAGCAUCAGAUAACAGUUUAAAAAUGCCUACUGGCUCUUUAGGUGCACCUUCCCAACCAACCAUGUCGUCUGGAUUUUCAUUCGAUUUAGGAAAAUCGAUUCCCAGCACAACUGCCCCAGCCUCUACUGUUUCAAAAUCCACUGCUCCAUCAUUUAGUUUUGGAAGCAGCGCAUCAACAGGAGCUGCAUCUUCUGGAGGAUUUACGUUUGGGCAGGCAUCAACCCCCCAAAGUUCUAGCUCUUCUGGUUAUGUUUUCGGUUCUACGUCUACAAAUGCGCCUUCAUCUCUGGUCACAUCUGGAAUCCAAUCCAAUGCUUUUGGUCAAGCUUCUACAUUCGCUUUUGGCGCUACAGCAUCUACAUCUCAAUCUCAACAACCGGCACCAUCAGCAGGCUCCAGUGGUGUUUUCACUUUUGGCAGUUCCGCUUCCACUAAUCAUACUCAACCAAGUUUGGGAACAAAUCCAUCCGUGCCUCCGAUUAACUUCGAGACUCAGCCUAAUUUCAACUUCCUUAAUCAGACCCCUACCCAGGGACAGCCUUUUACGUUUUCCGCUGAUACGUCUAAUACGGGUGCCGUUGCUGUUCAGCGAAAUUUCAAGAAAGCUAAAAGAAGACUUCCACGCAACUAGGCUCAUCAAAUGUCUCUAUGAUAUCUGUUUGUUUAUCUUCCCCCUUCUACUCUUUCCUUUUCCUCUUUUUCCCUUUCUCGUUGAAUUUCCAUUGACAAAUUAAUAAACAAAUUAACUCUCAUCCAGUUCUUUAUUUAUUGUUCAAUUUUCAUCAGUUUUUUGCUUAGUCAAUUAUCUCAUUUCCAAAAAAAUCUUGGUUAUUAAAGACUCUGCCCUAUGAUAAUGGAAACAUUUAUAUCUUCCCCGUCAUUUAAAGAGAUUAAUCAACUUUUCAAAGUGUUGACAAA